AUGGGUUUGAGAGUUAACCUUGUUCAUCUCACCAUCAUCCACCUUGUCUGCUGUCGACCGUGUACUAUAUCAGAUGAUCAGAGGACAGCAGAUUGUACAUAUCGGAAUUUAACCAAGAUACCAAAUCUAUCCAACCUGACAGAGUAUCUGAACCUCACGGGAAACAACUUCACAACUCUAACAAAUUUGUCUUUUCAUCAUCUUCCUCUGCUGAAAUCAUUAAAUCUAAGCAGGUGUCGUGUCAAUCACAUUGAAGGACAAGUGUUUGAAAAUCUUGGACAACUGAUGAAUUUAUCAAUGAGUUACAACUUAAUAAACAUCUUACAUAAAAGAUUCGAACACUUACGCUUUCACAGGAACCCUUUACUGACACAUCUGGAUAUAUCCUACAACACCAGGGCGGUGUUAAAACAGAUCGACAGCGUCUAUCCGGACAAGGUGUUCGCAUCGCUUGCGAGUGUUCAAGAACUUAUCAUAGAUCUUCUUCCUAAUCCCGUAUUCGGGCAAGGCUUUGAAAAUAUGACAAACAUUGCAUCAUUGAUAUUCAGGGAUUGUGAUAUAAUGCAUCUAAAGAAUGAUACAUUCAAAUAUUUCCAGAACCUGACCAAAUUAACAUCCUUACAAAUGUCCAACUGCCAGGUCCAUAUCGAACCGUGGGUAAAAGUAGAGACAGCCGUCCUUCAAUAUUUCCAUUCACUUCAAUAUCUCGAUCUCUCCGGAUCCAUGAUUACAUUCCCUGUUGCCAUGGAUAUUCUGUAUGGACUAACAGUGACAACCAAUAAGAGUCAUCCUGUUAGGAAGAUGAAAGUUUUAAAUCUGUAUAACGUGAAUCCAUUGAUAUUAUUAUGGUUAUACGAUGUUACUUAUGCUGUUAAAGUCACCAAAUCUAUGACAAUGUACUUACAGCAUUUAUGUGUGGAGAAUAUGAAUAUUGGUAGAAAUGGAAUAGUGGAAAUUGAUGUUGAGGCGAUGGCAGAUUUCAUGGAUGAUACGUGCUUACAGCGUAUUGUAAUGCGCGAAAACAAUUUCUUAUUACCGUUUCCAAAAUUCCUGUUUGAUAUAGUAAAACUUUUUACACAGGCUGUAAAUCUGUAUGAGGUAGAUUAUUCCUACAUCGCUAUUCAGUUCUCGGAUGUAUACAAUCAGUCCCCAGACGUCUUUGGAAACAAUAAUAAUCGAUAUACUGAUGUCUCUCCUGCGGAAGCACCACAGCGUUUAUCUACGAGCGAGGAACACCGAUGUACGAUUCCAGUAGUAUCACAGCACUUGAGUCACAUCCGGGUAUCUCAUCUUUUAUUCCCUUUUUACUUGCUUUGUGAUAUUGAUGUUUCGAUGGCAAAAAGCUUGACCUUUUUGGAUUUUUCUUACACGAGUAUUUCAAACAUGGACUUUAAACUUAUAGGUGCUAACCUAUCGUAUUUUGACGUUUCCGGAAUAGACUUCUCAACCUCGGGCAGAAGAUUAUUAGGAAAUCUUACAAGUGUAGAACAUUUAGUGAUCCGUGACGCCAAUCUAGAUAGAGCGUUCAGCAACCGUAAUUUUAUUUUCAGAAAUAUGGGUCACAUUGAAAAGCUCGAUAUUUCCUCAAACCAUCUGAAUGACUUGCCAGAAGAAACCGUAGAGGGUCUUGAGAGUCUAAGGCAAAUACAACUGACCUUGAAUUUUCUCAGCCAUUUUCCUCGUGGAUUAUUUAAAAUGGCAAACUUGACCCACAUUGAUCUUAGAUUUAACAAAUUAUUAUUCAUCGAUAAGGCUGCGCGUGAUUGGUUGGAUGCUAGGAGCAAGGAGACUGGUAUAACUGUGUUAUUGGACGGGAAUCGUUUCACCUGUACGUGUGAUACAAUGGAGUUUGUUUCGUGGAUUAUAACAACAAAAGUCGAAUUUCAACACGGACAUCCACCAAACUACAACUGUACAUUAAAAGACGGCUCCAUUGCUAAUAUAAAACAUGUAUACGAUAACCUAGACGAUUUCUUCGGUGAUUGUAACGACCAUUUGUUCUGGUUACAAUUCUCUAUAUCAGCAAUUAGUUUACUAGUUUUAUCUCUCGUUUUAGCUGUUAUUGGUCACACAUUCAGAUGGAGAAUUCUAUACUUCUUUUAUAGGAACUGUAAAACCAGCCCCGGCUUUGAGGAUGCAUCUUCCUAUAGUUUCGAUGUAUUUGUUGCAUACACUGCAACGGAUUCUCCCUGGAUUUGGCAACAGCUGAGGCCGAAACUAGAACUACAACGAAAUAUACAACUGUGUCUGCACGAGCGCGAUUUUGAAGUCGGAGAAUCUAUUUCUCAGAACAUUGUGAACUGUUUACAAAAGAGCAAGAAGUUAUUAUUCGUGAUCUCGAAAGAGUAUAUAGCUGCUAGGUGGUGUGACUUCGAACUUGAAAUGGCAAAUAUGGAACGAGUACGGCGAGGGUGUACAAACUCUAUCAUCGUGGCCAUUAAAGGGGAAAUACCAGUCGACGAUAUGCCUCGUCCGAUUAGGACAAUCUGGCAACAUGUCACAUGUAUCAUAUAUCCGCUUGAUGAGUCAGAUAGGAAUGCUUUCGAACUUUUUUGGUGUCGAUUACAUCAUAGUAUUAUAUCUUAACAUGUUGUGACGGGGCGAUGGGCAGGGUGUUGGGCGGGUGAUAGGCGGGGUGUUAGGUAUGAAUUGAUGGGACGGGAUGAUGCUGUGGAUUGUCGAACGAGGUUGUGAAUUUGGGUGAUGGACGGGUUUUAGGGGUUGAAAUGGGACUGGGUGUUUGGGCGGGGUGUUGCGCGAGGUGAUGGCGUGGGAUGUUAGUGUUGGGUUAAGAGACGUAAUGUUUCGGUGAUGUAAUAGGGCAGUAUUUGGCGUUAAUAUCUUAAUAUAUACCGUUUCUAGCCACGUAGCGCUUGGCUAACUUACUCUAUUGUCGUGUUGUUUAAGUAGCAACUUGAUAUUGUGUUAGUAAUACAUCUAAAAUAACCGGGUUAGAUUAUUGACAUAUCAUUUUAUUGCAAUAUAUUAAGCUUAACUGGAGCCGAGUAACCUUCGUUAAAAAUACAUUUCUAUAAAUAGCUUCUGAAUGGUGUAAGUUAAUGCGUUCUGAUUCUUUGACCAAUUAAUCUGUGAAAAUAAGCGUUUUAAAAAUUAUGAUUUAUUUGUUCAUGCGUGUUUUCUUGUAUUAGUAAACAUUGUUUGAAGAAUAAUAA